UUUUACCACUCUUCUUCAGCUUCGGGUCAGCAUUUGGACUAAAAAUCCCAGACAUGAUCUUUUUUUCUUUAUCUCCACCUGGACUUUUGUGAAGGAGGGAUCAACUAUCAGUGUUUAAGGAUUGUGUGCCCACGGUCUUAAGGACAGAUGAGCUGCCGUGGACUGUGUUUGUGACUUCUUGUCUUCUUUUACUUCAUAAAAACUCGAUUUGUUAAUCGACAUUUGUUUUUUUUGCGUGUGUGGCCAUGCCGAUGAAGCGCAGCUGUGACAGUUCAGCCGGGGACGGAGUGCUUCUUAUUCACUCUCUGACCAAGACUUUGUGCAGCUCACCAGAAGAAACAGACUUCAACAAACAGACAGAUUUUCAUCAGGAGGAUGAUUCUGGGAUUAAAUCAGAAGCAGAGGACAGUAACGAGACACCGUCCUCUGAGGAGGACCAGGACCUGGUGGACUUCAACCCAGACCUGAGCAUCAAACAGAGCAUCUCGUCUUCCCGGAAGACCAUCAGUCAGAUCAUCAAGGACAAGAAGAAGCAGACACAGCUCACCCUGCAGUGGCUGGAGGAGAAUUACAUAGUGUGUGAAGGAGUGUGUCUGCCUCGAUGUAUCCUCUACGCUCACUACCUGGACUUCUGCAGGAAAGAGAAGCUGGAACCAGCCUGUGCUGCUACAUUUGGAAAGACGAUUCGACAGAAGUUUCCUCUUCUGACAACAAGACGACUCGGAACCAGAGGACAUUCCAAAUAUCAUUACUAUGGAAUUGGCAUCAAAGAGAGCAGCGCCUACUAUCACUCUGUGUACUCAGGAAAAGGUUUGACCAGAUUUUCAGGGAGCAAGCUCAAGAACGAGGGAGGUUUCACCAGGAAAUACUCGCUGAGCUCUAAAACGGGAACGUUGCUGCCAGACUUCCCCAACACUCAGCAUCUUCUGCUGCAGGGAAACAUCCCCAGAGAAAAGGUGGACACUUUGAUCAUGAUGUAUAAAACUCACUGCCAGUGCAUCCUGGACAAUGCCAUUAAUGUCAACUUUGAGGAGAUCCAGAAUUUUCUGCUCCAUUUCUGGCAGGGAAUGCCCGACCACCUGCUGCCGCUGCUGGAGAACCCUGUGAUAGUCGACAUCUUCUGUGUCUGUGACUCCAUUCUCUAUAAGGUUUUAACAGAUGUUUUGAUUCCAGCUACGAUGCAGGAGAUGCCUGAAAGUCUGCUUGCAGAUAUCCGCAACUUUGCCAAACACUGGGAGCACUGGCUCGCCUCCUCCCUGGAGAACCUCCCAGAAUGCCUUGCAGCCAAGAAACUGCCCAUAGCACGCCACUUUGUUUCAUCCCUGAAGAGACAGACAUCGUUCUUACACCUGGCACAGAUAGCUCGUCCGGCGCUGUUCGACCAGGCUGUGGUGACCAGCAUGGUGUUGGAUAUCGAUAAUGUGGAUCUGAGCAACAUCAGCUCACAGCCUCUGCUCAGUGUCAGCACCACUGCAGACCAGGACCCAGACAUCUACUCUGAAUACGACUCGAUCACCGUCUUUCAGGAGCUGAAGGAGCUGCUGAGAAAGAACGCCACAGUGGAGUCUUUCAUCGAGUGGUUGGACUCUGUCGUGGAACAUAAAGUCAUCAAGCCCGGUAAGCAGAGCGGUCGAUCAGUGAAGAAGCGAGCCCAGGACUUCCUCCUCAGGUGGAGUUUUUUUGGUGCCAGAGUGAUGCACAACCUCACGCUCAACAAUGCCUCCAGCUUCGGCUCGUUCCACCUGAUCAGGAUGCUGCUGGACGAAUACAUCCUGCUGGCUCUGGAGACUCAGUUCAACAACGACAAGGAGCAGGACCUGCAGAACCUGCUGGACAAAUACAUGAAAAAUGCAGAUGCCAGUAAAGCGGCGUUCAUGGCGUCUCCCAGUUCCUGCUUCCUGGCUAAUCGCAACAGAGCCAGCGCUGCCAUCGAUCAAUCAGUGAAGAACGAGUCCGUGGUGGAACACACCUACAUGUCUUUGUCGACCAACCAGCAGCAAAGUCUAGAAACAAACGCCAUCAUCUACCAGGGGACAGAGUCCGCUGGGUUCACAGUGUCAGGUGGUCAGAUGGACUUCUCUCAGGUCAGCGGCCCCCUCAUGACGCCCCCCAUCUCUCCGGCAACAUUAGUGCACCGGGGCUCCGUCAUCAACCAGGGGCCGAUGACGGGGAGGGCCCCGACAUCUUCAUCCUCCACCACCUGUCCCUCCUCCUCUUCCUCCUGCCUGUCCUCUAUCAGCGCCAUGUCUCAACCCAGCCCCUGCUCUUCAUACCAGGAGACCCUGUACCACUGCUUACCUCAGACCAGCUCCAGUUACUUCCCAGCAGGCGGCAGCUCGUCAGCCUCAAGCUACCAGCCUGCUCUCAGGCCUCAGACUCAGAGCCAGUGUCUGGCGUCGGUUCAGUCUCAGGCGUCAUCUCUGGCCUAUCAUCUCUCUCGUUACUCCUCCUUCAGCGACCAACACCUGACUAAAGACGUGUUCUACAGUCAUCACCACCCGUCAGCCCAUCACUCCUCUAACACAGCCAACUGCUCCCUGACACCGUACGGCUCCUCGGUCCGACCUACAUCCAGCUACAGCUCAGGCUCAGAUCCAGUUCAGACAGAACCGGGACUGGACGGUCAGAUCCUGGACUCGACAGAGGGGUUCGGCUUCGUGGGGGCCGGACUGAACUCCGCGGGUGGUGGGUGUCAGGGACAGACGUACUCUGCUGCUGGACACGGUGGUUACUAUGGCAACAGCAGUUACCUGGACAGCCAGCGCAUGACAUCACUGGUUGACCAGCACGUGUCCGUCAUCAGCACCGUCGGCAGCCUGCGCUCGUUCAACUCGACGUACUCCGAGGUCCACGACCCGCUCAACAUCCUGGACGAACCGGGAAGGAAAACCACCGGAGUGUAUUUCACCGAGGCUGAAACUGGAGCAGAUCACCCCCUCUCCUCGUCAGGGUCCGCGGCUCCCUGCAUGUUCGGGGUUUCGUCUCCGUUCACCUCUCAGGACUCGCUGCUCUCCCAGCAGCGGGUGCCGACGUCCUCGGAGGUUCAGGACCUGGUGUCCUCGCUGCCUCCCAUCAACACGGUCUUCAUGGGAGCAGGAGGGGUGCAGUGACGCUGGAGACACAAAACGUCCACCGCUGGAGGACAGUUUCCGUCAGAGGGACCCAGAACGGUGUGAGGUGGAGUGAGUGAGGUGACAGGUGAGAGGUGAAGGACACUCCUGUGUAAAGACGUCUAAUGACAUCUGUCUUAUUUUCUGCUGCAUUAUAAACUAGUUAAAGAGGCGUAAAGGAAAGAUAUUUAUUUGAAUUAAGUGGAUUAGUUAAAGAUAAACAAACAGUGACUCUGAUCCAGAUAUUUACCAUAUAUGUCCACAAUUAUAUUUUGCAAUUUAGAAAGUAAUUUAAGUUCCUAAAUGAUGCCUGAGGACUUCCAUUUCUUCUGUGUGCAAAUUAUUGUAAAUAAAUCUUGUUAGUCACAGUG